GGCAGAGUCUUCAUCCGAUUUAUGUAACCAAUUGGAUUCAUUAAGAAAUAAAUUAAUUACUGAAGCACCUGAACAGAUUGUUCAAGUUCAAAAAACGGAAGCUUCAUUAAUAGAAACAGUAUCUGCUAUUAUUGUGCCUUUGGAAGGAAUUCAAAAUCUUAUUGUAAAAAUGUUAGAAGAAGAUUUGGCAAAAGAACAAAAAAUUUUAGAAAAAAUACCAGAGAUUCAAGAACAGGAUAUUUUUAGAGAUACGAUAGACACAAUUAGUGAUAAAAAUAUUACUGAAGUAUCUUCAGAAUUUGAACAAGAUGAUAAAUCGAACGAUGACAUCAAACAUAUAGAAAAAACUACUGCACGACCUCUUGAAGAACUUAUUGAAGCUAUAGUUGAUCCUACAAAUGUACGAGAUUCUACGACACCAGAAAAUAUUGAAGAAAUAAAUAUUUUGCAAGAUAUCGGUGAAACAACAACGAAACCUGAUGACUUCGAACAAAUGAACAAAGAAGAAAUGUCAAUGUCUCAAUUUAAAGAUCUACAGCAAGAAAAUAAAGAUGCUGAUAUUAUUGAUAAAUUUGAUAAAGAAGAAGUCAGUGAUUCAAAAGCAGAACAAGUUGCAGUCGUACUUCAAAAAGAAGAAAAAGAAAUGAUCUUACAAAGUCAUCAAGAAGUACAAGAAUCUAUCCCUAAAGAAGAUUCUUCUGAUUUUAUUCAAGAAGAUCUUCAACAACAUAAACCCAAAGUAACUGAAGUUGAAAGUCUAGCUGAAUCGACUCUUCAACAAGCUCCUGAGACAUUUUUGAUGACAACAGAUUCAGAAGCCUCUAAAAUUGAAGAUGUUCGUAAUUUAGAUUCUACAGAAAUUCAAAAAGAAAAUAUAAGAGCAGCAAAAGACGCUAAUGAUGUACAGCAUUAUGGGGUAAACCAAGAAAAUAUUUGUGAAGAAGCAGCUUCUGGAAUUCAAGAAUUGAAAGAUCAAAGUGGUACAGCUCUGUUAAUUGAAGAUUCUGAUAAACUAGUUGAAGGAAUAGUAAUAGAAGACAUUAAAGCCGAAAUAAGUAGCCAAGAUUUGUUAAAUCGAAUUGGAGAAAUUGUUAAGAGUGAGCUAGAUCGACAAAAUGCCUUGGAGUUUGAAAAUGAGAUCUUGCUGGACAAUAUUACGAUAGCUGUUAAGAAAAUGAUGAUAAAGUAUCCGCAAAUAUGUCAAGAGAAUGUUUUUGAAGAAAGUGUCAGAGAUGUUGUUGUAGACGAACUACAAAAGAUCAAGGGUUCAAAUCAUGCUGAUGAUAUUUUGACUGACAAGACUGAUUUAGUUACUGAACUACCAGAGAUCGAAAAGAAAGCAGUUAUGGAAUCAGCGGAAUUUACUGAAGAAAAAGUUCGAGAAAUUAUUCUUAAAGAAAUUUCUAAAGAAAAUAUUUCAUUAGUUGAUGAAGAAAAUCUUUUAGAAGUAAUUGAAGCAAAAGUUCAGCAGGUAGUUCUUCAAGGUCCGAAAGUAUUGCAAGAAUUGAAUAGGGAAGAAAAUAUUCGCGAGGUAGUCGUAGAAGAAUUGCACAAAUUCGAAGAUCAUAGGGCUGAAGAAAAGGCUACAGAAGAUUUAGCUAAAGCUGAGGAGCUUAUAGUUAAAGAAGAAGUGAAGCAGCAAGUGGCAGAAAUAGUAUCUACUGAUAUUGUAGAAGAAAAAAUUGAUGAUCUCGUAAUGAAGGAGCUUGAAAAACACCACGUGGAAGCUGUUGAAAGUAAUAAACUUCUAAAUGUUGUUAAAACUAAAGUACAAGAAUUAAUUUUGACUUCUCCGGAGAUUAAGCAAGAAGAAAUUCUUGAAGAGCAGAUUAAAAAUAUUGUGACUGAAGAAUUACAAAAAGCUGAAGUAUCGAAAAUUGAGAGUGAGAUACAAGAUCUUGUUGAAGCUAGAGCAAGCAUGGAAGUAAGUAAAAAGGAGACAAUUAUUCAGCCUAUUAUAGGACAAGAAUUUGAAGAGAAAGUCAAAGAUAUGAUUAUAGAUGAAUUCAAAAAACAACAAUUUUAUCCAGUUGAAGAUCCUCUCAUAAAAGAAAUUAAAAUAAAGAUCCAAGAAGAAGUUUUGCUGUCAUCUCAUAAGUCAAAAGAACAAAUUACAGAAGAAAUUCUUCGUGAUUUAGUUUCCGUAGAAGUUGAAAAACAUGUGGCUGAUUUAAAAGAUGUUGAGGUUUUCGGUGAAGCUGAAGAAGUCACACCUCAAGAAGAGAAUGAUAAAAAAAAAGAAAAAGCCAUGGUCAGCACAGAAGUUGUCGUUCAAGAAGAAACCAAAGAUUUGAUAACUUCAAAGCUCGAAGAUGAAGCUCAAACAAGCAUUCAGGAUGAUGAAGCAAAAAAUAUUGUUCAGAGAAAAAAACAAGAUGUUUUGGAAAGUGUCGUUAUAUCUGAAGGUUUGAUUAGAGAUGAACUGAAAAAACAAGAUCUUUAUCCAGUUGAAGAUCCUUUGGUAAAAGAAAUUAAAGCUAAAGUUGAAGAAGAAAUUUUACGGUCUUCUCUUGUAGCUGAAGAAAGUGUACCUGAAGAAAUUAUAAAGGAUUUGAUUUCUGUAGAGGUUAACAAACAUGUUGCUGAGUUAAUAGAUGACAAAAGUCUUGACAAAGCACAAGAAAUUAAACAAAUUAUGGAUAAAGAUGAUUCUGAGAAGAAAGAAAAGGAAGAAAGGCUUUGUAAAGAAGAUAUUACUACGGAAAAAACUAAAACCUCAAGAUCUCUAGUCGUUGAAGGAAAGAUUGAAGAAAGAACGCAAGAUGACGAGGGAGAUAAUCUGAUAAAGAAAGAAGAAAUCCUGAAAAGUUUAGUAAUAUCUGACGAUAUGAUUAGGAAUGAACUGAAAAAACAAGAUCUCUAUCCAGUUGAAGAUCCUCUUAUAAAAGAAAUCAAAGCUAAAGUUCACGAAGAAAUUUUAUUAUCUUCUCAUACGACGGAAGAAAAUAUUCCGGAAGAAAUUAUCCGAGAUUUGAUAUUAGUUGAAAUUGAAAAAUAUGCAGCUGAAUUAAAAGAUAGUGAAAGUCUUGGUAAAGCACAGGAAGUUAAGGAUAUUACCGUUUCAUCUGAUGAUAAAGAAAGAAAAGAAGAACAAGCAUUACUUGGUGAAGAAAGUAGUUCGAAAGAAGAAACCAAAGACUUGACAACUCCAGACAUCCAAGAAAAAGCUAAAGAUCGUACUGAAAGUGAUAAAAGUCAAGAAGCUAUUCAGAAAAAACAGCAAGAAGUAUUAGAUAGCUUAGUAAUAUCUGAAGAUAUGAUUAGAAAUGAAUUGAAGAAACAACAUCUUUAUCCAGUUGAAGAUCCCUUGGUAAAAGAUAUCAAAACUAAGGUACAAGAAGUUAUUUUAUUGUCUUCUCAUACACGGGAAGAAAAUAUUCCAGAAGAAAUGAUUCGAGAUCUGAUUUUGGCGGAAAUUGAAAAGCACGUAGCUGAGUUAAAGUAUGAUGAACCUCUCGAUGAAGCUGAAGCGAUUAAAGAAAAUGUGACUUCACAAGAUAUUAGUGACAAUAAAGAAAAAAAAGCUUUGCGUCAGGAAGAAGAAAUGAAAAAUUUGACAACAGAUCAUGAAGAAAAAACUAAAACAGAUAUUCAACAAAAGCGAGAAAUAGUAGCAAGUUCAACAAUUUCUGAAGCACAAAUUGCUGAAAGACCAGCUGACAUCAUUACAGCUGAGACUCUAGACGAUGAAGAAAAGGUUGAGGAUAAAAGUACGCUAGCUAUAACUUCUCAGGAAGAUAUUCCUGAAGAAAAAAUUCAUAAAUUAAUCAUUAAUGAAAUAAGUAAACAAAACGCUAAAUCUCUUGUUGAUGAUGACCUGAUAACAGCCAUCACUAUCAAAGUCCAGCAAUCGAUUAAUAGUCAUCCUGAAAUUGUUAAAGAAGAUGAGUUUCUCAGUAGUGUUAAAGAGAUUGUACAGGAAGAGUUACAAAACCUAGAAGCCAAACUGGUUGAAGUUAAAAACUUCGAUUCAGCAGAAUCAAGAGAAACUAUAUCUUUGAAAAUUUCUGAAGUCAAAGAAGAUGAAAUUCCUGAAGAAGUUCUUAGAGAAAUAAUUAUUGAACAACUAGAGAAACAACAUAUUAAGCCUUCUGAAGAAAGUGAUAUGUUGAAUGUUGUUAAAGAAAAAGUGCAAAGCUUGAUUUCGAAUCAUCCUGAAGUAUGUACAGUAGAUUCUAUAACCGAAAAUGUUCAAGAAAUAGUUACAAAGACAAUAAAAGAGAAUGCAAGAAUUUUAGAAGAACAAGGUCUUGUUAAGAGUGGUAGUGAAAAAUUGAAAGUUCAAACUAUACAAUCAGAAACUGAAGUGGAAAUUCCGGAAGAAGUUAUUCAUGAAAUGAUUAUUGAAGAAGUCCAUAAACAGAAUAUUCAGCCUGUUGAGGAAAAUAAAAUAAUCGAAAAAGUUGAAGCGAAAAUACAGCAAUUAAUUCUUCAACAUCCUGAAAUAUCUGGUCUGGAAACUCUUUCCGAAAAAGUUCACGAUUUUGUAGAAGAAAUAGCUGAAGAAGAAAAUGCGAAGAUUGUUGAAGUGGAUAAACUUCAUCGCGCUGAAGAAGAAAAACAGAGAAUAGAAGUAUUACAGAUGCCAUUAGCAGCUGAGAGUCAAGUUUCUGAAGAAACCAAUAAAAUUGUAGAUGAAAAAACUGAUCAACAAACUGUUAAUGCAACAGAAGAAGAAGGUCUUGUUAAAGCAAUUGAAACAAAAACUGAUGUUUCUACUGAUGAUUCAAAAUCUAAAGAACCUGAAAAAGAGUCGAAAAAAAUUGUUACAGAAAAAUCUGCAAUGCAAGAUGAUAAAGUAUCUGAAGAAGUUAUCGAAGACUCGGUUACUGAAGAAUCAAAAAGACAAGAAGUAGCUCAAAAUAUUACGGAUGAAUCUAAGAAAGAAGGGAAAGAGGCUGAAGAAUUUCUUCAAGGAACAACUGAUGAAGUAUCGAAGAAAGAUGAAAAAGUAUUUGAAGACGUUCGAGAAGCAGAUAAGAAAGUAUCAAAGAGACAAAAAAGCAAAGAAUUUGAUGAAGCUGAAACACAAAAAACUGCUGUAGAUAUAACUGAUAAGAAAGAGACAGAAAAACCAAAGAAAGAUACUCUAGAUGUCGUAGUAGAAACGGUUAAGAAACAGGAAGAAUUAAAAGAAGCUGAAGAAAAUCAAAAAAGUCUUUCUACAGAAAAAAUCAAGGAAGAGUCUGGAGAAAGUAUUAAAGAGAUUUCCGCUGAAAAAUUAACGAAAGAAGAAGUGGCUGAAGUUAAAAAAGAUGAGACUAUUAAAUCUAUCAGUGAUUCAACUGAAAAAACAGAGACUAGCCAAUCUGAAGAUAAAAAAUCAAUUGUAUCGAAAGAAGGCGUCAGUGAGAAAACUGUUCAUGAAUCAGUUGCAGGGAAACCUGAUGAAGAUAUAAAAGAAACUGAGACAAAGAGUAAACGAGAGGAUACCAAGAAAGCUGAUGGGAAGAAAAAGAAAAUUGAAUUAUUGAGAGUUCCAUCAGAAACUCAUGCUCACGUUUCUGAAGAAAUGGUCCAUGAAAUAGUAAUUGGAGAAGUUCAUAAGUUAAACAUCGAACCUUUGGAAGAAGAUACUCUUAUCAAAGCCGUUGAGUUUAAAAUUCAAGGCUUAGUUGCACAAUUUCCCCAGUUGUCAAAAGAAGAAAUCGUUGAAGAAAGCGUAAAGCAGAUUGUGGCUGAACAAUUGCAGGAAGAGAAAGCAAAAGCUUCUGAAUCUGGUGAGACAAUGGAUAAAUCUCAAGUACAAAAAACAAGAGUAGAAGUAUUGCAAACUCCUGCGACAACUCAAAUUCAAAUUCCUGAAGAAAUGGUGCAUGAUUUAAUUGUUGAGGAACUUCAAAAACAAAAUGUAAAAAUGUCAGAGGAAAAUAACUUUGUGAAAGCAAUUGAAACUAAAGUUCAUGAUCUAAUUGCUCAGCAUCCUGAAAUUUCUAGAGAAGAAAUGAUCGAAGAAAGUGUUCGUGAAAUAGUAACAGAAGAAUUACAAGAACACAAGGCAAAUAUUCUCGAAGCUGAAAGACUUGAAAGAGCUCAGGCAGAUGAACAAAAGAGAAAAGUUGAAGUUUUGAACGUUCCUUCAUUAACAAAACUUGAGAUUCCUGAAGAAAAUGUACAUGAUAUGAUUAUUGAAGAGCUCAAUAAACAAAAUAUUGAACCUUUAACUCACGAUAGUCUUGUCAAGGCAGUCGAAGCUAAAAUUAAAGAUUUAAUUGCUCAGCAUCCUAAUAUUCAUAAGAGUGAUAUUCUUGAGGAAAAUGUAAGAGAUAUUAUUACAGAGGCGUGGGCAGAAGAGCGAGCUAGUAUUGUUGAACAAGAAAAACUUACUGAAGCUAGGGAAGAAAUAGUCAAUAAAACAAAAGUCAAGGUACUGCAAAUGCCUCCUAAGGAAGGAGAUGAAUCGAUCGAAGUUACAGAAGAGAUUGAUCAAGAAUCGGAUAUCAAAAAAGCUUUAAAAAAGAAAAGAAAAUCAUCUGACAAAGGUACUGGUAAGAAGGAUGAAAAUAAACGUCAAGGUUCUCCUAAAGACCAAUUAGAAAAAGAUAACAGUCAAGAUAUUGACGAGAAGAAUCGAUCAUCUUUAAAGAAGAAACCUGAAAAAUCGGUAGAUAUCGAUAAAAAUGGUGAAGAAAAGCGACGAACUUCUCUGAACAAUAAAACUGAAACGUCUGAAGAUAUAGAUAAAAAUGGUGAAGAAAAAAGACGUUCGUCUCUUAAAAAGAAAUCCGAAAAGUCUGAAGAUAAAGAUGCUGAAGAAAAGACUCGAACUUCUUUAAAAAAGAAAUCUGAAGAUAAAGAUAAAAAUGGUGACGAAAAAAGACGUUCGUCUCUUAAGAAGAAAUCCGAAAAGUCUGAAGAUAAAGAUGCUGAAGAAAAGAUUCGAACUUCUUUAAAAAAGAAAUCUGAAGAUAAAGAUAAAAAUGGUGAAGAAAAAAGACGUUCGUCUCUUAAGAAGAAAUCAGAAAAUUCUGAAAAUGAAGAUACAAAUGGUGAAGAAAAGCGACGAACUUCUCUAAAAAAUAAAACUGAAACGUCUGAAGAUAAAGAUGUAGAAGAAAAGACUCGAACUUCUUUGAAGAAGAAAUCCGAAAAAUCUGAAGAUAAAGAUAAACAUGGAGAAGAAAAAAGACGUUCGUCUCUUAAGAAGAAAUCAGAAAAGUCUGAAGAUAAGGAUGUAGAAGAAACGGUUCGAACUUCUUUGAAAAAGAAAACUGAAAAGUCUGAAGACAAAGUUAUUGAGGACCAGGAUGCAAAAUUAGAAGAAACGAAAGUUAAACAGCUAGAAAACAAUAAAAUGAAAAAUAAAUCUGAAAUCGCUGAUAAUCUUAAAAAAGAUAAUCAACUUACUAAAAAAGAUGACAUAAAACAGUUAGAUAAACCCCGUGUACAAAAGACUGAAGAAAAAACACGAGAUACCAAAGAAGAAUACCAAAAAGAAAAUAAUUUAUCUCAACUCCGCCACGAGGAGCAAUUACAAGUAGAACAAACAGUAAAAAAACAGCCAUACACAGAAGAGCCUAUCACAAAUUUACCAAAGUCAACCGUUCAUUCGGAAUUAGAUUCUGAAUUUUCCGAAUCUUCCAUGUCAACUCUCAAAAAUGUAUCAUCAAAAGAAAGACCUAAACGCAGUAUUCCACCGAUGAUAGAGAUUGAUUAUGACGAAUCAUCACCACGUGAACCAUUGUCACGUCGUUCUAAUAUCUCUUCACGUAAAUAUCGUGAUCUUGAAUCAAUUGAUCUUGAUGAUAAGAGCUUGGGUGUUUAUUCCACAGACACCAGUAGAACUAGUGGAUUUUCACACGGACCUCGAGAUCGCGGAAAGAAGCCUUCAUUCUGUACAAAACUAACAGACAGAACAGCCGCCGAAAGUUCACGAAUAAAAUUAACUUGUGCAGUUCUCGGUGAACCAGAACCUACAGUUUACUGGUUAAAAGACGGCAAAUUAUUGCCACCGUCAAGUAACAGACAUGGAACAACAAUAGAAAAUGGUAUGGUAUCCCUCGAGCUUUAUACCGUAAGACCUUCAGACAGUGGCGAGUACACAUGUGUAGCUAGAAAUCUCCAUGGUCAAGCAUGCACAGAAGCUAAACUAAAAGUUUACGCCGGGUACGAGCCCACUCCCACGACUCCAACAUUCACAAGAUCCAUCAAAGACACGUAUCUUCGUGAUGAAAAUACUCUUGUCCUUGAAUGCCGGGUGAGAGGUCAACCGACACCAGCAAUAACUUGGCUCAAAGAUGGACAAUUACUGGAAAUAAGCGAUCGUUAUCAGCAGUGCGAUUUAGCCGACGGAAUUUGUCGUUUAAAAAUUUUCCAUCCCGAUUUUUACGACAGCGGACUGUACACAUGUCGCGCAGAAAAUGAUACCAAACUGAGUGACCACACGUCCCAUUUAGUUAAUUUUGAAGCCUCAGGUCGAGCAGCACAAAGCAAUAGGAGCUGGCGUGGCAGCAGCUACCAAGACAUUACGAGUACCGAUAAGGACACUGGAAGACCUCGUUUCUCCAGCUACUUGACAGAUCACAGUGUACCAGUAGGUGGGACAAUCGCACUUCAAGUAGAAGUCAAAGGAGUACCGCCACCCGACAUCACGUGGAUGAGGGCUGACAAAAAAGGCGUGAUUGCCGUUCCCAAAGCUCGAACUUUCGCGGACUCGGGCGUUUAUACUUUAGUUGUUCCUGAUGCAACUGAAUAUGAAACUGGUACCUACGUCUGUCGGGCCAGCAAUCCUUAUGGGCAUGUUGAUACUACAGCAAAUAUUGAAGUUGUAUCGGGAUCUAUGAUGGACGGUGGGAAACCAGCGAUGUUUAUGUCUAGGCCUCCUGAUAAAGUUAUUAUUGUUGCCGUUGGUGAAGAUGUUAGUGUAUCGUUUAGGACAAAUGGUGUCCCUAAACCUAAAGUUAUUUGGAUGAAAGGAUUGAGAGAUAUAACAAGUGGCCCAAGAUCUUACAAAGAAGGGCAUGAUGAUUACGUCAGACUUACAUUGAAAAGAGCGUGUCCGUCAGACGAAGGGACUUAUUGUAUUCUCGUAAAAAAUCGUUAUGGAUGCGAUAGAAGUUUCUUCUCAGUUCAAGUGAAACAGAGAGCGAGAUCAUUGACGCCUUCUCCAGAUUGGGGUCCCGUCGACACUGACAACUUGUUGGCCAACAUCCACGAUAAAGAGCGCUCAUAUGUGAAACAAGUACCGGGGCCUAUUUCAAGUGAACCAGUGGUAAUUGAUGGUGGCCGUAAUUGGUUGGCAUUGACAUGGGGAAAAGCACAACAAAGAGGAUCAGCACCUGUGGUAGCUUACCGAGUUGACGCCUGGCUUUUAGGUGGCGAAGGAGGUGCAAGAUGGGUCGAGCUUGGAGUAACUCCAAUUAACGCAUUUGAUGCGUUUAAUUUACGGCCAGGUGAAGAAUAUAAAUUUCGCAUCACACCUCGAAAUCGUUACGGAUGGGGUGAGCCGGUCACUAUGACAAAUUCUGUCACCGUAAGAGAAGUUGUCAAGUUUCCAGAGUUUACGAAAAUACUUCCGGGACAACUUAAAGCUUUGGCGGGAACAGUUUUGAAUUUAGACUGCGAGGUAAGUGGUGAUUCAUUGGCACACGUUAAAUGGUAUCGUGACACGACGGAGAUAGAAAAUGGUCAAGACUCAAGGUUUACAACUUAUUUCAACGGUACCAAGUGCACAUUAAUGAUUGGUAGUAUAUCAGAAAAUGAUUCAGGACGAUAUGUAUGUGAGGCUACUAAUGCAGCAGGAAGAGUAUCAACAUUUGCACGUGUGCAGGUUGUUGAAGAUCCUAAAAUUGUCGAAGCCGAUUUAAAACUACGCAAAAUGAAAUCAUCGGAGGUUGCUAAUGAAGAAAGACCACCUGAAUUUACGAUGAGACUUCGAGACAGACGUGUCCAAGCAACUUAUCCAGUAAGAUUGACGUGUCAAGUGACAGGAUAUCCCGAGCCAGAAGUAACAUGGUACAAGUAUCGCGAGGAACUUUAUUCCCAAGAGAAUAUAUCAAUUUGGAAUGACGAGGCUCACUUUCACACGCUAGAAAUAAGUCGAUCAACGAUUGAUGACUCUGGUAUUUACAUGGCACGUGCUAAAAAUAUUUAUGGAUCUGUAUCGUGUCGUUGUCAUCUGACUGUUGACAAGGGAAUUCGUGCCUACAUUGCUCCCGAAUUCCUGCGUCAUCUCGAUUCUAUUUACACAGUUAAAGCUGGUGGUGAACUGCGUAUGACUGCGCAAAUUGAAGCUUAUCCUACUGUCGGAGUUACUUGGCACCGAGACGGUCAUCGCUUACGUCCGAGUCGAGACGUGGUCAUGACAUUGAAUCACGAUGGAUCUGUUGAACUUGACUUGGCUCAUGUGACACCAAGGGACGCUGGGUUGUAUUGUUGCACUGCUACAAAUGAAGUUGGCCAAACUGAAACAACGACUCGUGUGACAGUUCUGGAUAAUGAUGAUACUAAGGACGUCAAUCAAUCAUUAGCGGGCGAGUCAGAAGACAUACCUUUCUCGAAAGAGCCGGUGUUUGUGACGAAACCCUUGUCGACGGAGGCAUUUGAAGGUGACACGGUUAUAAUUUCAUGCGAAGUUAUCGGUGAUCCGAAACCGGAAGUUAUCUGGCUAAGAGAUUUUCUACGGCCGGAUUACUACAAAGACGCUCCACAUUUCCGAAGAGUUGGUGCUGGACCACAGUAUCGUCUAGAAAUUCCAUACGCAAAAUUAGACUUCACUGGAACUUAUUCAAUAAUUUCUAAAAAUUGUCAUGGAGAAGCCAAAGCGGUGAUUUCACUUCAAAUUUACGCUCGAGGCCAAGGAAAAGAGGACAGCGAUAUGGAAUCAACAAUAAAACACGGUAACGUGCAGACCUUGCCGGUGAUUAAGAGACCGCUGCGAGACUUGAGAUGUUGUGACGGCGAUGCUAUUACUCUGGUAUGCAAACUUCACGCCAAACCGGAACCAAACAUCAGAUGGGAAAAAGGAGGAAAAAUUCUACCACUCGGUGGUGAUUUCACUGCUGACUUUGACGGAGAGACUUCGAGAUUGAGUAUCCAUCACGUUUACCCAGAGGAUGAGGGAGAAUAUACUUGUGUUGCUUACAAUGAACUAGGAAAAGCCUUUACUUCCGCUUGUGUAAUAGUAGAUGUACCUGAAGGCAAAGAGACUGCUUUAAGUAGAAGAUUAACAAAACCUCCAGGUUUUUUGUCUUCGAACUCAACGCCUAUUUCAACCCCACGAUCAACUCCAGUAAGAAGUCUCUCGCCUUCGUGUGCUUGUAAGCGCGAAGUUAAACCAGUUACUAAAAUACCCCGUGGAUAUACAAGCGGAAGACGACCAAGAAUGCCCACCAGUCCUAAAUUUUACGCAGUUCCUCACAACAAAGUCGCGGAAGAAGGGGAAACUGUUAGAUUUCAGUGUGCUAUUGCCGGACAUCCCGUGCCUUGGGUUACUUGGGACAAAGACGGAAUUUCCAUAACACCAACCGCAAGAAUAACAUUUAAAGAAAGUGAUGACGUGAGAGUCUUGGAAAUAAAUGAAAUUACUCAUGAAGACGCUGGACUUUAUCGCGUAACUUUGGAAAAUGAUGUCGGUAGAACUGAAGCAACCGCGCGAUUAGAAAUAAUUAAAGGCCGUCGUAGUUCUAUUUCAAGACCAAUCCGUACCAGGAGUGCAUCACCAAGGACUUAUUCUAUUUAUGGUGGAAGAAACUCGAGUCCUACACCCAGAUCAGAUAGUCGAUUACAGCCUCCACGUGUUAGCGACACAUAUUCAGGAGGAAGAGGAACGAUAAGUCCUACGCUUCCUAGAUGGCAUUAUAGAAACGGUAAAGCUGUCAAAGCUGAUGAAAAAAUGAAUACGGAGACAAGUUCUGCGGAACUUAAUAAACCUCGAAGUUCUUCUGUACCAAGACACUGCUUAAUGGAACGUGAAAAAUCGAAUGCUAAACAAGUCCCUCCGGCUACAGAGUCUCUAGUAAAGUCCAAAAAAACUCGAGCAUGUCAACAAGUCGCUUCUCCAACUCAGUUGCCAACAAAAAAAACAUCUAUACCAGUAAGACGAAAAUCGCCGGUUAAAUCUAGCAAACAAGGCUGUAAAAUUGAAAGUAAUGACAAAGAAAAAAAUGGUAAAGAUAAAAAUUUUAAGAAAAAGGCUAAGGAUAAAGAUAAAUCGUUGAAAGAAGAGCUCAAGUCUCCAGUUAUUUUGACAGUACCAGCAGAUAUCAUAGCACUGAGAGGCGCUAAAGUGAUGCUUCUAGCUACUUAUGAUGGUUAUCCUAAUCCAUCAGUAAAAUGGUUGAGAAAAGGUCGUGAUGUGACAUUGAAUGAUAAAACCGAAAUUGAAACCAGCGCAGGUCUCACCUGUCUGACCUUGUCGAAUGUGACAGCUGAGGAGGCAGGAAAAUACGAAGUGUUUAUUGAAAAUAAACUGGGAAAAGAUUCGCGCCACGUCAACGUAACUGUCGAAGGUCCUCCAGAACCACCGGCAGGUAGUCCAGCCGUCCAAACUAUUAAAGACUCAAGAGGCGUGACGUUGAGUUGGAGAUCUCCAGUAUACGACGGCGGUUGUGCUGUCACAGGGUACUCAGUUGAGAUGAGACGAGGGGAAGAACCGUGUUGGAUUGCUGUAGCAGAAGCCAAACACUCGCUCAGUCAUACAAUCCGCGGACUUGACUCUGACACGUCUUACAGAUUUAGAGUAAGAGCUGAAAAUAUUCAUGGAUUAAGUGAACCAGGAAUGGAAUCCGAGACAGUGAUUAUAACUAGCAGUGAAACAAGAAAAAUAACUACCAAUAUUUCGGGAUUUUAUUUGGAUCCUGAUGAGGAUACUGAAGACGAAGUAGAACCGGUAUAUGAGCCAUGUGUUGUUACACCAGAACCUGGAUUUUUAUUCGACGAACGUUACAAUGUACUCGAAGAACUGGGCAAAGGUAAAUAUGGAAUCGUAAGAAGAAUUGUGGACAAAUCAAAUGGGUCAAGUUUUGCCGCUAAAUUUAUAAGAACAAUAAAAGCUAAAGAUCGCCAGCAAGUUAAUGAUGAAAUAAAUAUUAUGAAUAUGCUGAGGCAUCCUAAAUUACUGAGACUAAUUGCUGCUUUUGAAGGCCCUAAAGAAAUGAUUAUGGUGACGGAAUAUAUUUCUGGUGGUGAAUUAUUUGAACGAGUCGUUGCUGAUGAUUUUACUCUUACGGAAAAAGACAGUAUACUUUUCGUAAGACAAAUAUGUCUGGGAGUUGAAUACAUGCAUGACAAUCUUGUUGUUCAUUUAGAUUUAAAACCGGAAAAUAUAAUGUGUCAAACGCGAACGUCUCAUCGAAUAAAAUUAAUAGACUUUGGUCUUGCGCAAACGUUAAAAGUCGACACACCAGUGCGCGUAUUAUUUGGAACUCCAGAAUUCAUUCCACCGGAAAUAAUUGGUUUUGAGCCAAUUGGUACCGAGUCUGACAUGUGGAGUGUCGGAGUUAUUUGUUAUGUUUUAUUAACUGGACUCUCACCAUUUAUGGGUGAUAAUGACGCCGAAACUUUUGCAAAUAUCACUCGAGCAGACUUUGACUUUGACGACAAAGCGUUUCACGCGAUAUCAGAAGAAGCUAAGGACUUUAUCAGUAGACUUCUGAUUAAACGAAAAGAGUCAAGAAUGUCUGCUAAAGAAUGUUUGAAGCAUCCAUGGCUUGCACAACGUGCUGAAAGCAUGAGCAGAGUUGCUUUGCCAACAGACAAACUUAAAAAGUUCAUAGUACGAAGAAAGUGGCAGAAAACAGGCAAUGCAAUUCGAGCAUUAGGAAGAAUGGCUAUUCUUUCAGCCAACACAAGAAGAAAUACUGAAUUACUAACUGACAUGUCUAAAGAAUUAUCCACACCGACAAGUGAAAUAGAAACAAUUCUUACUGAUGAUUCACUUGAUGGAAUUGUUGACGACAAUAUUGACAUUGAAAAAACUUCCAUUCCUGAAUUUUUAAACGGUAAAAUGGCUAAAGAUGAUUCUGAUGAAUUACAAAUAACAGAAUUAUCAUCAUCUGAUGAAUACGCGGAUUCUCAUGAUAAUGAUAACGCCGAUUCGCCGACAAUUAUUGAAACCCAACGAUCUAUUAGUCCAGACGAUUAUACAAAGAUUGAUGAUAAUAAUAAAAUUAGUAAUAGUGAUAGUUUGACAAGUGAAAAUAUAGACAAUGAUUUAAUGUGUAGAGAUUUUAAAAUUUUAUCUGAUGAAAAUAGUAAUAAAACAGAUACAUUUAUUUCGGAAGUAAAUUCAAGUGAUGAAAAUCUUUAUAAGGUUGAUAUUAGUUUAGAAAGUUUAAAGACGACGACUGAAAUCCAAGAAGAAUUUUCGUCGAAUUUUUGUAGUAUUACGUCUCUUCAUAUAAAUGAGCCGUUUUUUGAAGCUAAGGAAGAAAUAACAAUAAGUCUUAUCAAUGACGAUAAGGAUAAUAAUAAAUUUGUAGAUUUAAUAGACGAGCAAAACUUAAAAACUAAAUCAUCUAUUAUUGCUGAUGACAAUGACAAUAAUAAAGUUCAAGUAUCACGUCCUGAUUUCAUUCCAAUACAAAGUAAUACUAAUUCGCAUGGAAGUGUUUGUAAGCCUUGGUCUAAAACUAAUUCUUCAAGUUUAGACAACGAAGACGAAGUCUCACGGGUAAAAAGCCACAGUCCAAUGCGUAGAAUAGUACGUACCGGAAGUGUGAGUCGAACAGUUGACAUGUUUGAGCAAGAACAAGUUUCCUCGUCAGGUCGACAACAAUUGAGCCCCGGCAGCCGAAUUGUUCUUCCCGCUGCAAAUGCACGACCUCAGAACGAAAGAAUCCGAAAGGCGUUUGCUUUUUGGAAUAAAUAAAAACUGACACCAUUCGAUAACGAAAAAUUAUUUAAUUCAUAAAUAAUACGAGCAAUUUUUUUUUUUUUUGAAUUUUUAUCAUUGUACUUACUCAUUUUAUUUUAUUUUAUUUUUAAAGUUUGAUCCAAAUAUUAAUUUUUGUAGUAACUUAAAUCAUUAAUUAAGAUAUAAUUAAUGGAUUUUAAAUUGACAGUUAAUGUCUAAGUGUAAAAUACAUAUGUACUAAUGUAAUGAUACGACAAAAAGAUGUAUUUAUGUAU